UCUCCUUCUGAAGUGCGGCGGGUCGACCUGCUUAUUUUAAGCCUGACUUUAUUUCGCCCUGAAGGAUUACAAGCAAAGAAAUCACAUUAGGAGUUACGGCGAAAACGGAGAGAAGAUCUCUCAGCAUGAUGGACAUCGAAAUGCCUAAAAUGCAUCCAAGCCAACAGGAUAUGGAUCUGAUAGAUAUCCUGUGGAGGCAGGACGUGGAUCUGGGUGCGGGGAGGGAAGUGUUUGAUUUCAGCUACAGACAGAAGGAAGUGGAGUUGCUUCGGCAGCGUGAGGAGGAAGAGAAGAAGCAGCAGCAGCGUUUGCGGGAGCAGGAGAAAGCUUUACUCGCCCAACUCCAGCUGGACGAGGAGACCGGAGAGUUUGUGCCUCGAAGCGCCCCGCUGACGCAGACCAACACGACAAAUGCCGCAGUCACACAGAAUGGCGUUUUCGCAGAACAGGACGGUGAUGCCAUGUCAUUUGAUGAGUGCAUGCAGCUCCUGGCGGAGACGUUUCCACUAGAUGAGGCAGCUGAGUCAGCGCCGCCUUGCCUGGACGCAUCCGUUCCUCUUUCCACAGAUCUUAUGAUGCCCCCAGACAUUCCAGCCUUUACCCACAAUCCUUUGCUGCCAGGCUCUCUGGAUCAAGCCUGGAUGGAGUUGCUCUCACUCCCAGAGCUGCAGGUAUGAACCCUCAACCAGACCUCAU